ACAAAUUGCAAGCUGUGUAGGCCUACAGGUUGGUUUGAGCCUUCCGAUCUCAUGCCGAAAGGGAAAUGGUAUUUCCGAAUGCCCUCGUAAAUUCGGAAUCAAAUUGAACAGCCAAUUGAACGCUUGGUAAAUUCGCGCCGCUUCGACUCGACUAUUUCCGUGAACACUCGUGAGGCUCGUUUACCUUUAUUCCCUCGAUCCUCAAGCCAAACUGAUUUCUCUAGGCCUACAGACUGCAUGUAUAUUUUCUGCGCGCGUAAAUUGUGUACAGGCCAGCUAGCUAGCUGUAUGCGAUUUACACACACGUUUUCUCAUAGACCUGACACGAAAAGCCGCUGCCCCCGUGUUUUAAAUGGGGAUUCUGUCGGAAGAAUACAUGUCAGCAUUGAUCAGAGAACCAAACCAACUACACACAAACAAGGAUAGCAGUGAUCAGUAGGAUACAAGGCUUGGAGAGAAAAGGAUGAAUACCUCUGAUCCUCCAAGUCAACUUCCUCCACCGCCACCUCUUCACAGAGAGACAUCUGAAGGAAGCAGCCUUCCUACCAUGCAGGCGAUGGGAAACUCUUCACCAUCAAAGCUCCUCGGCAUUGCCUCUACUGAGACGCCCAUUUCUGCUGUAGGUCACAGUCACAUUCCGGUCAAGUCAAUCCCAGGCCCUACCCAUCAUAAGAUUGCACAACCUAUGCGCCAAUCUGAGCCAGCACAGACACUCCAUACAUUCCCAAGCGGUCCUCAAUUGAUGGACUUGGCUCAAAAGCCUCCUCAGCAGUCCCUCUCAUUAUCGGUAGUAGAGCAUGUUGUGCUGCAGGAACAGUCAACUCUAAAGGCAUCUCAGAAAGUAGUUCCAACUCCAGACCUGUCUGGUUCUCCCAUCAAUAUGCCAAUUACCAGUGCAUCACAUCUGCCUUCAGAAUCUCUAGGACAGGUGUCUCCUACUAAUGCAUCUCAGAAAGAAGCUCCAACUCCAGAUCUGUCUGGUACUCCUGUCAAAAUGCCAAUCACCAGUGCAUCAUUGCCACCUUCAGAAUCUUUAGGACAGGCUACUCCAGAACCUUCGGGGGAUAUCCCAGUGAAAGGCACACCACCUGAACUGAUGUGCACUCCGACCAAACAGAGUUCAAUUAUUCCAACACCUCCUUCUGACCCUGGACCCAUUGAAACCUCAGAGACAGCAUCACCAGAGAUAAAGAUUAAAAUCAAGAAGACGGUUAGCAGAGGGAAACCAAGCCUUACUUCAACGUUGCUCAGCACUGAUGAAUCUCCACAGAAGACAUCACCAAGUGGAAGUGACACUGAGUCAGCAACUUACACAAAGCGCAAUCUGAUGGCCAGUGUUGAAAGAGAGCUGCCCGUUGACCCAACACCUACCAAACCUCCAACUGUAGCUCAGAGGAGAGAUACAGUAAAGGCUGCCAAAGGAAGCAGCCUCCCAAUUCCUAAGGGCCACUACAUUAAGCAACCCCUUCCAAUCAAUGAUGAAAAGCCAUGUGAAUGGCUUGUUGGAGAUCUGGUUUGGUCUAAAGUUAGCGGACAUCCAUGGUGGCCUUGUAUGGUAGCAUAUGACCCCAACCUGGGGAUUUACACAAGAAUGAAAGGAUCCAUUGGGAAAGCCUAUAGAAUGUACCAUGUGCAGUUCUUUGGAGAGGUCCCAGAGAGAGGCUGGGUGAGCGGAAGCAGCAUGAAAAAGUUCUCGGGACGUGACCAAUAUGAUUCAUUAGUUGAAGAGAUGGUCAGCAAAGUUCGAAAAGCAGAGAGAUCUCGCAUGCUAUCCAAACUAGCAGUGAAACCCUGUAGGAGAAAUGCUUGGGAUGCUGCCAUUUCAGAAUGCGAGAGGGCGCUUCCAAUGAGUAGACAUGAACGCAAACUCAAUUUCACUUUCAAGUAUGAGAUGCCUAAGGCAGGCCCUGCUGGUGAACAGAUUGAUGUUGUGUCACUCGGGGAUUCCCCAAAGAUGAAAGCCAAGAGGGCUUACAAGAAACAGAAAGAAGAUGCUCCAACCCCCGAUGCUAGUGGGGAUGCACUACCGCAGAGCAAACAAACCCCAGGAACAACUAAGAAAGCUAAAUAUGAGCCUGAUACACCUAAGAGAAAAAGAGGUCGGAAGACCAGUCAGUUCUUGGAGUUCUCCAAACUGUACAAGAAGGAGAUUGUGAAGGAACAUCCUGGUAUUGGCCAAAGGGAAAUCUAUGAGAAACUGCAGGAUAAAUGGGAAGGUUUGUCAGAAGAAGAUAAGGAGAAGUAUAACACCAAGCCUGUCACCCCACCUUCCACUAAGAGAGAGAGAAAGCGGAAGAGUCCUCCAGAGCAGGAUACCCAGACAGCCCCUGUGAAGAGGUCCAAGCGGGAAUCAAAACCUUCCAAGAAACUCCAAGAAGCUGAUCUCUCCAGCCUUGGCUUCUCCCCAAAGGUUGUGGCUUCAAUCAAGAAAUAUAGCGAAGCUUCUCAGUCAGAAUCCACUAGUUCUGAUGGACUUCUUUCCCCAUCAAGGGAAGCAGUCCCUCCAAAGAAGGGCAGAGGACGACCAUUAGGAUCCUUCAAGCCUGUUCCUAGCAAAGAGCCUUCAAUCACCAAGCAGUCAAGGCCAAGGAAGAGCUUGCCAGCUCCUGAAGGCACUAAACCAGCUAAGAAAAGGAGGGGAAAGCAGGAUGAAACUCCCAUGGAGACCAGCACUAAACCUGAUGUGAUAACAUCAGAUAUGAGUCAAGACUUUGCUGAGAUGCAAGAGGAGGAUGAUGAGGGUGGUCUUAUCAUCGAUACAGACAUCAUUGCUGAUGCUAUCCAGUCUGUCACUGAUCGUCAAAAAGGCAACCCUCCUAGUGAAGUGUGACCAUACCCGUAGACUGCCCCAGUGUCUAUUGAGGUAUGCACAUUGAAGGCAAUGAUUGAUGACAUCUUUUAUCAGCGCUGUUGCAUGCAUGUAUUUAUACCAAUUAAAAUGAUGCAUAAUAGUUGGUUACUUAGGAAUAUUUGAGACUUCAGGGACAUGUAGCACGAAAGUCACUAUUAUGAUAAUUUUGUCAUCAAAUUGUAACUGUCAUGAAAUCCUUGAUUUUGAUUGACUGUUGAGCCAGUCCUCGCCGUUGGAUAACAAUGUUAACCAUGAUAGUAAGGUUUGUGCAAUAUGUCCCUAAUCAGGAAAAUGUGAGGAUUUGCUUACAUUAGACUACUUAUUAGUUUGUAAAAGACUGCCUGUAUUGGCGAUAGCGUGCUAUGCUGUUUUGUAUCAUUUAUGAUUGUAUACAUCCAUGAAAAGAAAGGUUUUUGUUACUUAUUAAAGAAUAUGAUUAAUCUGAAAAAGGAAAUGUAUGACAUUUUUUUAAGGAAUAAGGGCAUGAAAUUUGUUACUUAAUCAUAUUUGGAUCAUGUUAGUAAAUUUUGUUUUGAUUAAGCAAUCAAAGAUAGUUAUCAAAGAUUAUGUAUCUCUGUGAUACUACACACUUACAGAUAUCUAUAAUGCUUGUGGGAUUGGAAAACUGUUGAUCAUAUUUGGGUAUUGAUUUUUUUGGGAAAAAAUACUAUCUUGGAAUUCAGGUUUAUAUUUGUGAGAGAAUGGAUAUUUCAGUCCUAAAAAAAAUACAUGUAGUUAAGUUUGGUUCUAAAAACCUUCUAAUAAAUUGGAUGAUUUUCCAUUGAAAAAAAGUUGAAAGAUGCAAAUUAAUUUUAAGGGGUACUCGAGGCUGAAAAAAAAUAUUAGUUGCGUAAAAUCAGACAAUCUAAAAUUGAAAAAGUGAAAAUUCAUCAAAGUCGGACAUGGAAUAACAAAUUUUCAACAUUUUAAAGUUUUGCAUUAUUUCAGUGAAACAAUUUGAUGCAUGUCUUUAUGAAUAUGCAAUGAGGAAGCUGGUGAUGUCAUAUCCCCACUUCUAAUAUUCAUUGCACAAAAUUACAUUUCAUACUUUGUCCUCCAAAAUGAAACAAAUUAAGAUUAACUAAAUAAUCAUUGUUGCAACUUAUUUUGUUGCAAGGGAGACAUUCCAUAAACAUAUGUAUGCAAAUAUAAAAUAAUUAUGAUUUCAUCAUGUACAGUAAUAACUUAAGAAAAUGCAAAGUAGGGACAUGACAUUAGCCCACCUGAUGUUCUUGAUAGUGUGCAUGUGUUUUCUUUUUUUUUUAGAAUUUAAUUCUAUUUUCAGCACUUUGCUAGAUUUUUCAGUUUUUUUUUUUUUUUUUUUUUUUUUUUUUAGUUUGGUGUACCCCUUUUAUUAGGAGUAUUAUAUUACUCUUGUAGGACUGGCACAGCAUCUAAAACAUCUGUUAGAACUUCAAAUUUGUUAAACAUUUUUUUUUUCCUUUUUUAUCUUCGAGAGGGGGGGUAUAUUUUGUAUGUUGUUUUUUCCCCCAGUUAUAAAAUGAUACAUGCCCAUUUUUUUAUAGAAAUAAAUUCUAUUACAUGUAAUUUUUAAUAACUUACAAAGUUCAAAAUUUAAAGUUUAUUUGAACUCUAAGUCCUAUCAAGAAUUUGUUGUUGUAAAUAUGAAAAUCCAUUAUUUUGUUUAAUUUUUGUGCUCAAAUUUUCACUGUCCAUCUAUCUCAAUACCAGAUUCCAAUCAGAAGCCAUCUGAAUCUGGGAGAAUAAUUAUUUUUCAACAUGAUUAGGACUUCAUGAAAUUUUAUUCACAAGCAAAAUGAAAGUCAAGGUUUCAUGAUGUGGAUCAGAGUAGCUAAUUAAGUUUAUAAUUUUCUUUUGAGAUGGGCUGAUCUUCAAAGUUUCUUUAUAGUGUUGAAUCCUAAUUACUUUCAGUAUGGAUAUUCCCUUAAUAUAUUUUCAUCUGAAUGUGACAGUUUUUUUUAGAAAACCAAAUAUACCUCAUUCAGUACUUAAAUGUAAUAUAGUAAGUCUUUUAAAUUGUAAGGACAGAUUUAUUUGUAAUAUAUUUAAUAAAGAUUGCCAUGGUGAUUUUGUAUAUCAAGCAAAAACAAAUCUUCCACUAAAGCUAUUUGUAAUUUGAUGUUGAUUGCUAUGCCAAAUAAAUAUUAUAAGAGACAAGAUUCUUAUUAAAGACUUGAAUUGAACAUAG